AUGAAUAGGGGCAAGUAUGAUUGUAACAGAUUCAGCCUGCACCAACUAGAUGAUGGAGCAUGUAUCUGGACCUACAAUACUGACCCAGUUAAGACAUUUCCAAAGCAAGUCAUUUUUGGCAAGAAGGCUACCCUUGUCAUUGGUGGUAGCAAUGCAGGGAUUAUUUAUGUGUUCGACAAGAAUGAAGGAACUCUCAAGCAAGAGUUACAACACACAGACAAGAUUGCAAGCAAGACAUACAACGGUACUCACCAUGGCAUAAUUUUUGGGGCAACAUUUGUGAAUGAUGCUGAACCAAACAUUUCCAUCUGGAGUCGACAACAGAAAAGUGUCACAAUGCCGACAAGCAACUAUCUGCUGGGAUCAGCAUUCAAGAACUUCAUCCAUGGAAUAUUCCAGCUAGCCGUCGCAAUGGCUCUGAUGGCAUAUAUUAGCACAGUCAUAUUUCAUGGGACAACAUAUUACAUCUGGGAUCUCCUUGGAGUCACUCAGAGAAUUCUGGUGAAAACCUGCGGCUCAAGUGCAUGA